CAGCCAUUCAAUGGAAGUGGGGCAUGACAAGUGGAAACCAGGUAUAUGCAACAAAGCACAACUGACAUCCCAGGAACCACCCUUCAAGAAUCUACAGCUAGCUACGAACGAAGUAUGACAAGACAAGCACGAAGACUGCGGUUCAACCUACGGCAGCGAUCAUCGAGGAUACGACACCCGAUGACAAUAGAUAUGGAGCCCGAUGGCUCAAGUUUCUAUUUUUGUUUUGCAGCUUUUUACUUAUGGAUACAUUGUUCUAGAGUAGACGACAACUUGGGAGAGAGAGCAUGUCGACUACAGUUCAAACUACAACAGCGAUCAUCAAGGAUACAAAAGCCAGCAAGCAUGGAUACCAAGCACAAAGACCCAAGUUUUUGUUUUAGAUGCAUGACUUUUUACUUAUGGUUACACUGUUCUAGGGUAGACGAUAGCUUCGAAGAUAGAAUGCAUCGACAAACAGCGCAACAACUACAACGACCACAGAAACCCGCAAGAGAAAAGCUCGAAGCGACUCCACAGACUUAUACACAAGACUUGUCACAAAUAUCGAUGCAAAGCCAAAAUUCGGAAUUACGACAAAACACGCAACAUGCAAGGAGUGUAGAGACCACACUGAGUGGGCUCCAAGGCCCGAGUCUUAGUUUUUCCUUUGAGCCGUUUUACUUACAGCUACGUCGUUUUAGGGAGUAUCACUUUUUACAGGGUAUCAUCUGGAAGCUACAAUCACAGAGAGCGAAUGCGACGAUGACAAGGACAACAGUGACAACAAUGGUUGGAGCACAAAUGAUGGAAGCAGUGCUUGGCACAGACCGAAGGCUAUGCGAGGCAGGGACAGCCGUCCAAAGGGAAUGAUGCACGAUGAAGACCACCAAGCUCGAAUGCUCGAGGUUAUGUUUUGGUCCUAUGAUAUCUUACUCACAUCUUCGUUAUUCUAGGGAAGACAGAUAUCUACA